UCAUAUACGCAUGCGCGUAGGCUCACAUGGCGAAAAGUCGCAUUAGAAACAAAACAACUGUCACUCGUCAACAUUUCUAUGACAUGUAGUCUUUUUAAUUAGUUUUAUUAUUUUUCCAAGACCUAAGGAUAGCCUGAUGCUACUGAAUAAUGGCAACUCCAGCUAUUCGGAUGUUUCGGAAGUUAGAGGGCCUGUUCUGUGUCUACAAACCUGCUGGUGUUCACUGGAAACUGGUACGGGACAGCAUCGAGACAAAUCUUCUUAAAGGUUUGAAUGCUGCGCCCUCUCCGCCACUUCCCCACCAUGUUCGACUCUUAACACAACCCAACAAUGAGAGUGAAACGUCCAAAGGACUCACGGUAUCCACAGUAUCGGUUCCUGUACUGUCCAAGCACCCUCUGGUCACUGGACCUGAAUUCCAGCAUAUUCGAGUUGGAGUCGGACAUCGCCUCGAUGCUUUCUCCUCCGGCGUUCUAGUUCUUGCCGUUGGGAAUGGAAACAAGGCGCUGAAUGACUUCUACAGCACAAGAGUGACGAGGGAUUAUACCCUGGAGGCUGAAUUUGGAACUGCAACAGAUAAUUUCACUCACACGGGUCGAGUUGUGGAAAGGUCCACCUAUGAUCACAUCACACAGGAUAAGCUGGAGAGAGUGCUGUCAAUGUUGGAGGGAGUCAACCAAAAAACGUUGUUGACUUAUUCCAACAUAGACAUGCGCUCACAGGAAGCCUAUGAGAUGGCUGUGCAAGGUUUACUGGGUCCAGAGGGGAAAUCGACACCCAUUUUGACCGGCUUGCGUUGCAUUCGCUUUCAGCCUCCCAACUUCACGUUAGAGCUGCAGUGUCUAAAUGAGACUCAGAAGUAUUUGCGUAAAAUUGUGCAUGAGAUAGGACUGGAACUGCGUAGCACAGCGGUGUGUAAGGGAGUACGACGCACCAGAGAUGGACUUUUCACCCUACAGGACGCUCUGAUCCAUCACCACUGGACUGCUGCUGAUGUCAUGCAGGCCAUCCAGUUGUAUCAUUCCACUAAGAAAAAUAAAAAACGUUCUAAGGCAGCAAACAAGACAUCUGCAUUACAAAUGUCUGAAGACAAUAUCACAGAAACUCAACAAAGUGAAGUUAAUGAAGGAGUGGUUAGAUAGGUCAUGUAAAAUAACUUUCACUGUGUAAAAUAUCAUUGACCUAUGACCCGAUCACAAAAAUAUUUUAUGAUGCUGCAUAACUUCCCACUGUUCAGCUCUGUCAGGAAAGAGGUUUGCAGACUAGAAAUCCUGGUGAAUAUUUGACCAGGGUUUGUAUACAGGAUGUGUAUACAAAUGGCUGUAAAGAGUUAAAGCAAUACUUUUGUAAAACCCAUUGAAUUAAACCCAGAAAUCUGCACAUAUCAAUGAUUUAAAAUUCACUGUGGUGUAAAAUAAAAACUGUAUUUUGCAGUGCUGAA